CCCUUCUCAUGCAUGUUUACCUAUAUAUGAGGCUCAGUGAUGAUGGGAUUUCACAGGAGCUUCUUACUCACUUUGUAAAGGAUUCUUCUGCUUUCUAUUGAAAAUGGUGACUUACACAGUGACUGUGUUCACGGGUAACAUUGCUGGUGCUACUACUUUCAACAACAUCUUCAUUAAACUGGUGGGCACAGAUGGAGAAAGUGACCGCAAAUGGCUUGUUGGCUUAAAAGGAGCUGCAUCUUUCUACCAAGGGGCAGUGUCUACAUUUAAACUGUGUUGCCCUCCUUCUAUGGGAAAGCUCGUACUGAUAGAGCUAGACAAACAGAGGCUCCCUUUGUUCCCAGAGGACUCCUGGUUCGUUGACAAAGUUGAAAUCAAAUCCCCAGAAGGAGAAAUCUACAAGUUUCCCGUCUAUAGAUGGAUCACUGACCGCAGCGUUCACCGAUUCAGAGAAGGAACAGCACUGAGAGUCAUUGACGACAACCACCUUGGCAAGUACUCCAGGGAACAGGAGCUGAAAGAACGAGAGCGAGAUUAUCGCUGGGAAGUGUAUGCAGAGGGAAUUCCUCACUGCAUGAAAUCAGAAAACCCCCUAUCUCUACCUUGUGAGGUCCGAUUCUCCUUUACCAAGACUUCGGAAUUUGCAUUCACUGCCGCGGCUGGGCUGACAGAGCUGAAACUGAAGGGACUGGAUAAUUGCAAGAAGAAUUGGACUAAUAUUGAUGAUAUUAACAGAGUGUUCUGCUGCAAUCGAUCGGACAUAUCAGAUUAUGUCCAAGAACACUGGAAGGAAGACGCUUUUUUCGGCUACCAGUACCUAAAUGGAGUGGACCCCGUGUUGAUUAAACUCUGCACAGCCCUGCCAGAUAACUUCCCUGUCACUGAUGCCAUGGUCUUCCCUGAUUGUAAAACUACCUUGGCAAAGGAAAUGCAGAACGGCAACAUUUUCCUGCUCGACUACAAGAAUUUGGAUGGAGUAAAAGCAAACAUCAUCAAUGGGAAGCUGCAGUAUCUGAUGGCUCCUCUGGUCCUCCUCCACAAAACCCCUGAAAACAAACUGGUGCCUGUUGCCAUUCAGCUGAAGCAGUGUCCAGCUGAUGACAACCCAAUCUUUCUUCCUACUGAUGAUGAGUACGACUGGUUGUUGGCCAAGAUUUUUGUGAGAAGUGCAGAUUUCAAUGAGCAUCAGCUUAACGCUCAUCUCCUGCGUACUCACCUACUGGCUGAGGUUUUUUCAGUGUCACUGCUCCGCAAUGUACCCAUGGUGCAUCCUCUGUACAAACUCCUCAUCCCUAACACUCGCUACACGCUGCAAAUCAACUACUUAGCUCGACUUCUCCUUAUAUCCCCAACUGGAGUUUUCACUGAGUUUGCAUCUUCUGGUGGAGAGGGUAUGAUGACAAUCCUGAAAAGGUCAUUGUCCUCCAUGACCUACACCUCCCUCUGUAUCAAAGACAGCAUUGCUCAUCGAGGGCUGGAAAAUGUACCAAACUACUACUACAGGGAUGACGGGCUCAAGCUCUGGGAUAUCAUCGAAAGGUUUGUGAAUAAACUACUCAGUCACUACUACAAGACUGACGCUGAAGUCGUGCAAGACUGUGAACUGCAGAAGUGGAUUCAGGACAUUUAUGAACAUGGAUUCCUUUCUCAAGAAUGCACAGGAAUUCCACACAGAUUUACCACUGUGGCUGAGAUGGUCAAGUUUGUCACCAUGGUCAUUUUUACUUGUUCGUGCCAACAUUCAGCUGUGAACAAUGGACAGUAUGACUACGGUGGCUGGAUGCCCAACACUCCCAUCUCCCUGCAACUUCCUCCACCCACCACUAAGGGGACAGCCAGUGAAGAAAUGAUGCUGAAGACACUUCCAGAUGUCAACACAACUGCACAGGGCAUGGCUACUGUGUGGUUACUCAGCAAGCAGUCCUCGGACUUUGUCCCUCUCGGCCAAUACCCGGAGGAACAGUUCACCGAGGAGAUUCCUCAAAGGAUGAUCAAGGAUUUUCAGGGAGAGCUUGAAGCAUUUAGUAUAACAAUCAAAACCAGAAACAAGUGUUUGGAGAUUCCAUAUACAUACUUGGAUCCAAAGGAAGUGGAAAACAGUGUGGCCAUUUAAAGGAUGUUAUCCGCAGAGCUGUUACUCAAAUUCAGCUUCACAUCUACGAAGAGACAAAGAGAAUUAUUGAAAAGAAAGUACUACAGUGUGAUCACGUAAACUGAUGCAUACUCUUAUACACUGUCGUCCAUAACAUUGGAAUAAUUCUGUUUUCAGACAUAUUCCUCUUUUUAUUCCUAUACACAUCAGUAAUCACCUUUGACCAGGUACAAUGAUUACACACCGAGUCCCGGUUGUACUUCAUCUAUCGAGAAUAAAUUACAUUAUCACUAUCAUCUCAUGAGAAGUAGAGGGGAAAAUAUUUUAUUUAAACUUUAUGCUUCAUUUUCACCUGGCAGAAGUAUUCUGUAAUGUAUUUCUUUCAUGUACUGUAGAUGCUUUAUUUUUAGUUGCAGCCUUUAUUUUUGAAAUAAUCAAAACACUUCUCUAAAUAAACACAUUACAUAAGAAAAAAACCCUCACUGGUCUCUAUAAUGAGUACGAAUUAUUUUAGUUUCUUUCUGCAGUAAUUACUUAAUAAUUCUUUAAAAUAUAAAUUCUUUUUUCGUUCGUUCUUUGAUGAUUAAGAACAUGCGCACUGUAAAAGACCAUCACACCUAUCUAUCUAUCUAUCUAUCUAUCUAUCUAUCUAUCUAUCUAUCUAUCUAUCUAUCUAUCUAUCUAUCUAUCUAUCUAUCUAUCUAUCUAUCUGUCUGUCUGUCUGUCUGUCUGUCUGUCUGUCUGUCUGUCUGUCUAUCUAUUAUACUAACUUAUCAAUAUCUUUAACAUCCAUCCAUCCAUCCUCUAUCCAUCUAUCCAUUUAUCAUACUAACUUAUCAAUUGCUUUAAAAUCCAUCCAUCCAUCCAUCCAUCCAUCCAUCCAUCCAAUCAACCAACCAACCAGGACAGGAACAGGAACAGCGCUGGCUAUGAACCGCCAUUUUUAAAACUACAACCAGCAGGUUUUUAGUCUGAAAAGAGAAUUAUGGAUGCUAAAAACAAGCAGCAGUGGACUGAAGGUGCAGACCCAGGGCUUUCUGGCACUGCAUUCUGAUGCUUUAGUCAAAAACUGAUUGUGGUUAUUUUUCAAGGCCCUGGGAGACAGGUAGAGUGACUGCACCAAUCCAUUCACAGAGCUACUAUUUUGAAGCCAGUAAUUUGCAAUUUGUUUAUCACCAUGUCAGCUUUUUGGGGCUGGAAAUGACCAUAUUUGGACAAAAGGGACGGACGUGCAGGAGCCUGAGGGAUCAGAGGUGAAAUAAUACUAAGCACUAGCAUACUGACCUAAUGUUAAUCUAUCUGUCUGUCUGUCUGUCUGUCUAUCUAUCUAUCACUUUUAUUAGACUAAUUUAUCAAUAGGUUUAAUAUCCAUCCAUCCAUCCAUCCACCCAGGUUGCUGGAGCCUAUCCCAGUUACCUACAAGUGAAGGCGGGGAACAUCCUGGACGUGUCACCAGUUCACUGAUGGGCUAACAUAUACACUUGAACAUAGUUUCUUUAAAGUAAUAAACCUUCUUGAAGCAGCAUUUGAACUGGAUAUGUUGGCUGUUGUAUUUAUUUGAAAGUAAUACCACCCCCUCAGGGCAUAACCUUUGGCUACACAGGCUAGCUUUGACAAAUAUACCAAAAACAAAGCUGAAAAAUCAAUGUUGUACUUCUUCUUGUGACGGUGUUCUAGGGGUGUCCUUGUGUGCAAUGCCAUGGGUAGUUCCAGCAGCACAUGGUUGUUUUUCCCAGAACUAAGUGUCUAUAACUAACACUCAUCACUUCUGUACCCAGCUCUUCUCAUUAAGACAGAUGCUAAUGUCCCGUGAAGGCAAAUGCCGCUGCAUCAUCAGUAAACACACAGCUCCUGUCAGCCAGAGAGCCUCUCUGCUCCAUUGUGAAUCAAUGAAGUCUCCAAACAAGAGAAAGUUAUAGAUUACCUGAGGUUACAAGACUAAGCAAAUGGGAAUCGCAAAAUGAGAUUAAUUGCCCACAAAUGGCAGGCUGAGAUGUAUUGCUAGCUU